AUGGGUGCCAUUACCUCAACCAGCGCAAUGCGUUCACUACCAGGUCCCGUAGCAGGUACAGCGUCGCUCCUUCAAACGUUUCAAGCCCAUGUCGAAGAUAUGAGGAAUCUGGUCCUCUGCAAAAUCUGCAUCAAGCCUCUCUACGAACCCUACACUCUAGGAUGUGGUCAUACAUACUGCUACUCGUGCCUGACAAGCUGGUUCGGUGGAGCUCCGAACAGAAGGAAACGGAAGAAUUGUCCGGAUUGUCGUGCAGCCGUCGCCAUUCAACCUUCGCCGAAUUAUCUGUUACGUGAUCUUGUCCACAUGUUCAUCAGCCGCGUCGAACUCCUCCCAGAGGAUGAGACAACAGCCGAACACGACGAGGCAAAACGCAUCGAAGCGCAGCUCAUCGAGACAGAUCGGACAACGAGGACAGACGGCGAACCUGGCUUGUUCAAGGGUGCUUUCAGCAAAGCUCGAGUACAACUCUAUGGACCCAUCCACGACGAGGAAGAUGGUGUCCUGCGAUGCCCAAGGUGCGCAUGGGAGAUGGAAGACGGAGAAUGUGGGCAAUGCGGCUAUGCAGACACAGGAUUUUCAGAUGGUGAAGACUACGAUACUAUGGGCACUCCAAGUGUUGUGAGCAUCGAGAGCUCGACGACGGACCCCGAUAUCGACGGUUCAUACUACUACAAUCACAUUCUGGAUGGGCAGCCUACUCAGGUGCGAGACGACUUUAGCGACUGGGUGAGAAGAGAUCAAGCGGCACGCCGUGCUCGACGAGCAGCACGAGAGAAUAGAUUGGGUCGACAAGACAGAGCUACAACGGUAGAUACGGAAACCGUCGAGGCUGAGUUGAGGCAUCGCUAUCAAGAUCAUCCGGGGUGGCAUCUUGAUCAUGAAGAUGACGCAGAGAUGGCAGCAUUUGUAGAAAGGCACCCAUACGAUGAGCAGCGGUGGAAUACGGACACCGCGGAGACAGUGGACGAGGAUGAGGAAAUGUCAUCCGCCGUCGAAGACGAAGAUGACGAGAGCACGACUAGUUUUCACAGAGCAGCAAUCUUAGCGCGAGAUCAAGGCAUGUAUCCACCGUUUGAGUCAGACCUCUCAACCAAUGGUGAAAUGGAGACCGUUACAAACGGCAGCAACAGUUCAGAUGAAUCUACUGAGUCAGAUGAUGGUAGCGACACAACGGAGCCAACGCCUGUGGUGCAACGCCUCGCCAACCGACCUGCACGGGUCGUGAUUGAUUCAGAUGAUGAGAGCAGCAGCGAUAGUAGCAGCGAGGAGGAAGAAGAUGAUGAGGAGGAGGAGGAAGAAACUAGCGGCGCGAGCAACGAAGAGGAAGAAGAAGAAACCGAGGAAUCAAGCGACGAUGAUUCUACCCCAUCACCACCAAGGCCGGCAGCUGUCAGACGUGCAAGGGUGGAGAUGCAUAGGGGUCGUCGUGGGAUUAGAGGUGGGGGUAGGGGUGGCAGCAGGGGCAGGCCUAGAGCGGGGAAUUGA